CAAAAAUUCAUAAAUUCAGAAGAAUAUUAAAAACACCAGAAAUACUGAAUCAUACUCAGAACUCAGAACUAUCAGAACCAUGGAACAAUUUUUUAAUUUACAACACAAAGUUGUUUUUCAUCGAAAAGAUGAGACAUUUGGGCGGUUUGAGCACUUUUGUAAAGUUUCGUCCUCAAACGUAGUGGCAUUUUCUUCAGAAAUUGAUAUUAAGACUGGAUCUAAAGGUUUCUUUAUUUAUGUUUUUGAUUUAAACAUUCCAUGGUGCACAUACAAGAUCGCUACAAGGUCUUAUCCGAUUACUGUGCUUGAAUGGAAUCAGAGUGGAUGUUAUUUGCUGGUCGCCGACAAUUAUGGAAAUGUAUCAAUCUACACUCAGAAGAACAACUUACUUGAUGAAUUUUACGAGGUCUAUAGCAUAAACUUCCCAAGUGAAAACAUCAUCGCAGCCAAAUUCUUUUUCAACGGAAUCAAAUAUCCAAAGUAUCAACAUGAUCAGAUGCUGUACACAGACAAGUAUCAAAAAUACAGGAUCCAACCAACAGUAAGAAAUUUCGGAGCAUCUCCAGCAACUGGAUUUGUAGUAAUUACCUCAACAGGUGUCAUUGGUGCUUAUUCCUUUGACACCAACUCACAUCCACCUACAAAUAAUAAUGUAGAGCAGUGUAAAUUCAUAAAGAAUCUUGGACAGAAUAGAUGUCUAUACACGAACGCUGAUAUUGCUUUUAAAAAUGGACAAUUUUACAUUGCGGCUGCAAAUAAUGGACACAAGAAUCCAAUCAUUCAAUGCUACAGAGUACAUAUUGAGAAAGUUGACGAAGAACUGAUCAUCAACAGUAAAUCCCUUCCAAGCUUCUUUGUUAAUGAAAAUGCAGCUGCUAAAGACAUGUCCGACUUAAAAUUAUUCAAGUUUAAAUGGAUGACGCAGGAAGAUGCUGAUGGAUUGAUUGUUCUUUCGAAUCAUCUAAGUGGAAGUGUUGUGGAAAUCUGGACAUUGAAGGAGGAAUCAACUCCAAUUCAUAAGUUAUUUCAGACAAAUAAGAAUGAAUGCUACAAAACAUUAGCAUGGUCGAAUCAGCAGUCUUAUAGACACAGCAGGAAAGUCUUGGACAUAAUAACCACAAAAAUUCAAUUCGGUAUGAAUUUCUACUUGUUUAUUGCAUAUCAAGACAGUUCAAUCCACUGCCUGAACAGAGAAGGAAUGAAACGUGUCACCAUCACCAAUAUAAACUUCAGUGCAUCAGCAUUAGAGCAUCAAACGAAAAUAAUCAAAAUGACAUCAAAAAUGGCUGCUCUGGAUAUCAGCUUCAUGGGAAAUAUGCUGUUUGCUAUUGAUUCCAUUGGACAAGUCGCAUGUUAUAAAGUCAACUUUGAUCAUCUCAUGAUGAACGCUGUUCAAGCUACAAACAUGCUCGAGUAUUGUCUCAUUAGUGGCGUUGACUCACUUGACGUAAUGCUUAUGCUCAAAAUGACUCAGCCACAGAUCAUUGACUCAGUCAUUGAUAGAAUGACUGAGAACUUCAAUAGACAACCAAACUCAAUCACUCAAUUCUACUACCUUAAAUUCUUAACAAUGAAGAUCAAUUUGUACCGAAUGUCAAUCUCUGGACAGAGCAAAGCUCAUGAUUUAAUCUGCCUACUCAAUUUGAUCUCCAUUUCUACAGCAUUUAAAUCUCUAUUAAGACCUGCUGCGCCGGCUGAUUUAAUGACCUUUAAGAAUGGACCAGCGGAGAAUUUGUCAAUGAUUCUAUCCGAAACAACCGUCAACAAUGCUGAUGUCGACAAAGUUCUUUUGAACUUAGAAGCUAAGGACUUUACAGUUGAGCCGUCAACUUUACAAUCUCUUCAGCAGUUAAUUCAAUUUGUUGCUGACUUAGCUUUGAAUAUUUUGGUAAAGUUACCGGAAGGAAAGACAUUUUUGAAUACAAACAAGACUACUGGAGAUUUGUCAGACUUUACGGCAUUAAAUACGAUUCGGGAACUACUGGUUAUGAUCAGAAUUUGGGGACUUCUUCAGCCUCAAUGCCUCCCAAUAUUCUCACGAUCUGCUGAUAAUUUGGAUAUUCUAGCAACUUUAUUCAGAUUACUUACAAAAUUAUCUCCUAAGCCAGACUGCCCCGACGAACAGCUCCUCGAUGAAUGCUGUCUACUUCCAAGUCAAGUGCUAAUCCCACAAGUCCACCUCAACACACCUAAAACCUCACUUUCGUCUCCACUUCUUAGUAAUUUGCCACUUCCAUUACAACUUACAUACUUUAUGGAACAUGAGGCAUUAGAUUUUACCCCAGACAUUCAUUACGUAGAAGGAUGUUUGAUGAAUCAUAGCUUGAUAGACUCGAUAAGAUAUCUACAUGUCAACAAAAAUGCAAGUAAUUUGAGAAGAUGUGUGCGAUGUGGUGCUACAUCUAUAUAUAAAUCAAAUAUGAAGAUUUCGACGGCUAUGAAAGCUUGGGAAAACCGUUGGGACGUUUGCAACUUUUGUGGUGGCAAGUGGAAGACUGAAAAGGUUUAGAUUUUAAAGAAAAAAGUAUUUAAUAAAUUGAAAUUUAAAUAAUUUUGAAGUUUUGGAUUUUAUUCGGUGAUCGUUUAUUAAUGACUUCCUUAAAUAUCGGACGUCAUUAUUGAAUGAUAAUAAAUGGUAAAUCUUUCAACAAAAUGAAACGC